GCUGCUGAGCCACAGUCCGCUGAAUGUGUGCUGUCUGUGGGAGUGGCCAACAUGUUUCGACAUCACCUCACCCGGCGUGAACGAUACCGACCAAGCUAAAUGGUGCUUCGACACGGCAGCUAACGUUUGGGAUUUACAUUUCCUAAAGGAAGAGAUCUUCAUUUAUGUUCUUGUGGAGCCAGACCCGACCACCAUGGCUCUUUACGAAUAUGUCACUCAGGAGCAGCUCGCGGGCUUCGACAAAUACAAGUACAGCGCGGUGGACUCCAACCCCCUGUCCAUCUACAUCAUGCACCCUUUCUGGAACUUUGUAGUGAAGUUUUUACCGACAUGGCUGGCUCCAAACCUCAUCACAUUUACAGGAUUUAUGUUUCUUGUCUUGAAUUUCUUAAUGUUGGCCUUCUAUGACUUUGACUUCACUGCCUCUGCUGCAGGGCAUGUACAUGUGCCUAGCUGGGUCUGGGUUGCUGCAGGGAUCUUCAACUUUUUGGCCUACACACUUGAUGGGGUUGAUGGUAAACAGGCUCGUCGCACAAACUCCUCCACGCCGCUAGGGGAGCUGUUUGACCACGGGUUGGACAGUUGGGCCUGCAUCUUCUUUGUGGCCACCGUCUACUCCGUAUUUGGUCGUAUGGAAAGUGGUGUGGGCGUCGCCACGUUGUAUUACAUCCUGUGGGUGGUGCUGUUCUCUUUCAUACUGUCUCACUGGGAGAAAUAUAACACCGGCAUCUUGUUCCUGCCCUGGGGGUAUGACAUCAGCCAAGUGACCAUCUCACUUGUUUACUUGGUCACUGCUGUGGUCGGCGUGGAAACAUGGUACCAGCCACUCCUGUGGCAUUUCCUGUACAGAGACCUCUUCACCUUCAUGAUCAUUGCAUGUUCCUUCACUGUGACCUUACCCAUGAGCCUCUUCAACGUCCUGAAAGCUCAUCGCAGUACCACUCUGAAGCACAGCAGCCUGUAUGAAGCCCUCCUGCCCUUCCUCUCUCCCGUCCUCCUCUUCGUCUUGUCUACAACGUGGGUUGUCUUCUCUCCCACCAACAUCCUCGAGCUGCAGCCCAGGAUCUUCUACCUCAUGGUGGGAACAGCCUUUGCCAACGUCACGUGUAAGCUGAUUGUGUGUCAGAUGAGUAACACACGGUGCCAGCCACUGAGCUGGCUGUUGCUGCCGAUGGCGGCGGUGGUGUUGCUAGCGGUGACACAGGUGGUUGGCAACGAGACGCUACUGCUGCAUCUUUGGACGGCUGCUGUCAUACUAGCACACAUACACUAUGGCGUGUCAGUGGUACAGCAGCUCAGCAGUCACUUCAACAUCCUGGCCUUUUCGCUGAAGAAACCCAACAGUGACUGACAGGAGGAGGAACGAAUCGGCUUGAAAGGAGCAGAGGUUUAGGCUCCUCCCCUCUUCUGCUUAUCGACACUUCACUCUCAUCACCACGGAAACCGCAUCCCCUCCCCUCCAUCUCUGAGGACACUGCAAGUGGAACUGACUGUGGCCCCUUUUUUCCACUGUCCCCAAGCACGCACACACGCACUCUCAGACACACAUUUCUAACCAACACACCAACCGAACUCUGGUCUUGACGGUGGGGCGGGCUCAGGGGCCCUGGCUUCCGUCAUUGGUGAUUGGCCAACUUGGUUGAGCCAAUGAGGUGCAAUUGUUUCCUACGGAAAUGUGCUUCAGUCGUGAGGACAGGAGCCCUGAUGACACACGCAGACACACACAUUAACACAAUAUUCUGCUUUGGUGCAGAUUUCUUGUGGCUUUUAUUUCAAAUACACACACAGCCACACACACUCUCUCACAUAUUUGCACUCACAUAGUCUUAUGAAUGUAUAAUAUGCCUUUGGGAAUCGCCAUUUAAGUUUUAUUAUAUUAACAGGAAUGCCUCAAGAAGUGUUGUUUUGAACUCGACCUUUAAACCUUGAAAUUCUGGCUCCUAACAACCACAGCUGUCCAGAGGUUAAAGGGUCAGUCACCUUUUUAUCAUCAGAGGAUUUCCAGAUGGAAAUCUCAGUGAUGUCUGUUAAUACUUAUAAAUAUCAAAUGUGUGUUUAGGGUUAGGGGCAUUUUAUUUUGAAACCAAUAUGAGAAUUAUAAAAGGAAUAGAUGACUCCUGUGAAACUUAGUCUAAAUUAAUUUCCCUCUAGUUAAUACUAAACAAUGCUCUGUGGUGACGGCUGUUGGGGACGAACAGAGUCAGGUUAUGACCAACCAGGCCACGAAUUGACCAGGCUGACCUUUGACCUUUACUCACCUUCCACUCUGACCUCUGUCCAAGCACUGGCCUCUCGGCUCCCCCUUCCUUUGAGGUGUCGUGUCUUCAUGCUGAUUCGUUGGGUUUCUUUUUUUUUUUUACUUUAAUUUUAUACACCUAUACAGUGUAUGCUUUAGUUUGUGCGUUGUCCAGUUCUGUUUGUGGUUUAGUUGCGCAGCGCUUGAAUGAAGAGUGUGUUCAAAACCCGUCAACGGAGCGGACUCACUCUGAGGGAACAAGCAGUCGCACAGGACACCGCAAACGCCACACCACCACCUGGCAACAUGCGCUACUUAUCACGCACACACACAUGUAUUAUCACACCUUUUAUACCGCCUGUCUGUCAGUCAGAUAACUUGUAUUUUCAUGUUUGUUUUUUUCUCAGUCUGUCAAACACUGUUCAUCUGUGUGAUUCAAAAUAUGUCUUCGUGCUGAAGAUGGAUUUUCAGUUGUUGCAGACUGGAAUUCAGUGACUAAUCAAACUGGUUUUCACUGCAGGGCCGAAUAAGAUUUGAUUUAUCAUCUGUGUAACUUCUCAUUGUAAACCUAUCAGUCUGCCAAUGGGGUUGUAGUCAGAAGGAAAUAAGUCUUUCUUAGUUUAACCAGACACCUGUUGAAGAUUUCUUGGUGUGCUCACAAGUCUCUUGAUUCAAGCUUGGCCUAGUUGGAAGCUUUCUAAUUUCAGCCCCUUAAGUCUGGUUAGGCUCUGUCGUGCAUCAGUCAAACUCAGCAGAGGGAUCCGGUCAUUAAACCAUUUGUUGACUGUAUAUUGAUGUGGACAAAGCGCCUCCAUGUUCCUUCUAUUUUGAGAUGUGAAGCCAAAAUGCUGACUCAAUGGGUGCUGACAUGUUGGGCUAGUGCAUCCAAGGCAUGUGCAGAAGUGAUCUGGCUGGUGGAGCCAUGGGUUAAAGAUCCGGUCAGGUCGAAACAGUGCACAGCAGAGUGGAUUGUUGUACUGAUUUGAAGUAGACACUCAGUGUGGCAGGUUCAAUGAUUCUUCACUCUUGAGUGAGUGUCACGUUUUCAUUUGCCGUUUCUCCUUCAGCCUGCAGAUCCAGUAAAGAACGCUCGUCUUCAUCUUUUUAAAAUCAACUGAUCCAAACUUAAUUUGUCAUAUAAAUGAACACAUAUAAAUCAGCAGAAGAACUACCUAUAGAGACAGAAACAUGUCUGAAAAAAUUAAUCAAAUUGCAGUUUGAUUUUGAACUCUGACCCAUGUUCCAUCUGUUAACAUGAAGGAGGCGGGGUUUAUGACCCAUACUGACAGUCACCAGGGAGUGCUCCAGAUAUCUUAGUUUCACAGUGAGUGAACAUGUGUGGCAUCCAUUUGAACAUACAGUCUAUGAUUUGUCCAGUGUCUGUGUUGGUGUUGAAAUUAACCAGAGUAACUCUUGUUGUAAAAGCCCACACCUGCUUUGUGAACAGGUUAGGAGUAAUGUUUGUCUGUAACCUGACUGGAGAUCAAGUCUGAAUGUUAAUCAUCUCAGUAAAAUGUGACAUUAGACCUGUGAGAAAGUUAAUGGGACACAGUAGAUUCACUGGGGAGGAAAGAUGUGGAUCAUUUUUACUAAUCACCUUUGUACAUAAAGUUUUAUCAAGCAGCACUGAACAUGUAGACCACAGCUUCAUCGUGUCCCUGCAGUACUGUAAUAACUGGGAAAAGCAGCGUAAGAUCCAAAUCUACUGCCAUUACACCUUGUAAAGAAGCUGACUUUGGCUUGCAGCACUUCUGCCACUGGAUUGUAUUCACAUGAUAAAAUCUGAAUUCUAAUCAGACACAUUUGUAAUGAAGCCCCUCAUCUGUGACUCCGGAGACUGUAGAUUGUAGUGACGUGAGAACAACUGUGACAGACGUAACUGUUUUUCUGGUGAGUGCGUGCACUGUCUGAGCAUUUGCGCAUCUGUGUGUACAAGUCAAUGUACUCUGUAUGUGUGCAUAUCUGUGUAAAUACAUGUAUUAUUUCUGUAAUUUUUAUUUUUUAUUUGAAAUUUACAAGUGGAAUUGUUUUCUGUGAGCCUGAUUUCACCAAAUAUUCAAGGUUCAUUUUCAGACCAGAGGAUGCAAAUCAGCAGUUUUCUUACCAUCAGCUAUGAAACUACCGAGGUACACGUCCUAGAUGAUACAGAAGAGGUUUUGUUUGAACACUUUUUUAUCUCCUGUGCCCGCCUGGCUGAUUUUGUUUAACAGUACGAGGGGACAGGCUCUGGGUGGGAAAACCUUUAACCCAGGCUGCCAACACUACAAACAAUGCAAACUGUAACACAGGAUCUCAUUUCAUAUCACUUCAGCUGGAUGAGAAAAAUGUGCCAUUCAAUAAAACAUCAGAAAAGAGGCAGAUUAAAUUAUACAUGACGUUCUUAUCCAGCUGCUAAUUAAUUCAAUUAGUUUUAUUAGAACAGUUCCUUGCUAAUUUUCAGGGUAUUUUUUGUAGUGUUUCCCUCAGCGUCACUCACCACUUUCUAGGGAACAGUCUUAAUCCCCUCUGGAUCAAUGAACUGAGCUGCUCAAAUCGUGACUAAGAUGUUGUUUAAGCUGCCCUGCCAAACACAGCAGGGCUCCAGCGUGGCUACUUGUGAUGUUGUAUUUAACCAGUGAGAGAAAGGACUGUCCAGAAACAAAUAAAAAGAAAUUUUCUUUAACCACUUUUGAGUGUCAUGGCCAGAAAUGUUCAUUUUCAUAAGCUGAAGUUGCUUUGAUUUCCACAAGAGGGCAGCAGAGAGCAGUGGAGAGCUUUGAGCUCUGAGUAGUUACACUAGUUCAGGGCUAUUCAAUUACAUAUUUGGUCGGGCCGGUUUUUCAGAUUAAGGACAUGAGCUGGGCCGGACAUUUUUAGCAGUGAGCAAAGUUAACCAUUUAAAAGAAAAACAAAUAGAUAAGAUAACAAACACACUGGAUGUUUAUUAACGUAUUGUCACACCCAUAAGGGCAAAAACAAAAUAAAAGGGCAGCACUGGUCAGUGUUAGUAAAAGAAGUCGGACCCAAGUCACAAUCACUCGAGGGUUACUUUCGGGCCGCUCGAGGGUUGCUUUCGGGCCGCAUGUGGCCCGCGGGCCCUAAUUGAAUAGGUCUGAAUAGAACAUCUUUACAGGCUAGUCCACGUCUACCACAGUACAACAAAAUGCAUUUUCUUGUCAUAUGAGCCAGUCAAAAAUCAUGUUACAUUUCUGUCAUUUUUUCGAGUUUACUCUGCAAGUAUCCUGAUCCACCUGGUGUAUAGAAACAGUGAGUAUGGCUUCUUUAAGUUUAUGGGGGUGCAUUUGUGACAGGGUUGAUAGAAAAUAACUCCUACUGACAACAGAUUAUAUAUGUUUUUUAUUUGUUUUUGUUUUUUCUUCGUACACAUUAUGGUGAUAUGCAAACUGGAAGCUGAAUGAUCAGGAUACUAAACCCAAAUGAACCUUGCAACAGUGAAAGUGUGGUUUCCAAAACUGUGGACUAAUGGUUAUUAAUUCAUUGAACAAAAAUCGCAUACAGACAGCACAUUUUUAACCUAGCAUAAAACUGCAUUUUAUACUAGCUUAAAGCACGUGUCACAGACACCUGUUCUAUCCACAGUCACUGGUACAAUCCGACAUUAUGACGACAUAAUAAGACAAUCCAAUCCAAAGUAUAAGAACGAUGCUCUCUGCUGGACUCAGCUCACUUUGCCUUUGAGUUUACUGAGAGAGAAAGAGAUCACUGAGAGAGCAAGAGAUCACUGAGAGAGCAAGAGAUCACUGAGAGGACAAGAGGUUACUUUUUGACUCGAUAAAACUGCACUAACAAGCGAUUAACUACCACCACAAUGUCUUU